UUAAAGCGAAAUGAAUUAUUUUCUACUUAUCUGACAUAUACUGUGAUUCAUUCUGUAUAAAAUUGCCAAUGGGUAGUUACAGGACUGUUCUACUUAAGGGUUUUAUAGAGCUGAGUCAGCGAGACUGAAUUAAUGAUUGAUUUCUAAAAGCUUCCCUUAAGUAAACUUAAUCUAUUUUUGCCUUUUUAUAUCCUAGGUACCCAAACCAGUAGAUUAUUCCUGCCAACCCUGGUAUGCUGGAGCGAUGGAGAGGUUGCAGGCAGAAACUGAACUUAUUAACAGGGUAAAUAGUACUUACCUUGUGAGGCACAGGACCAAAGAGUCAGGAGAAUAUGCAAUUAGCAUUAAGUACAAUAAUGAAGCAAAGCACAUCAAGAUUUUAACAAGAGAUGGCUUUUUCCACAUUGCAGAAAAUAGAAAAUUUAAAAGUUUAAUGGAACUUGUAGAGUACUACAAGCAUCAUUCUCUUAAAGAAGGGUUCAGAACCUUAGACACAACUCUCCAGUUUCCAUACAAGGAGCCAGAACAUUCAGCUGGCCAGAGGGGCAAUAGAACAGGCAACAGCUUGCUAAGUCCCAAAGUGCUGGGCAUCGCCAUCGCUAGGUAUGACUUCUGCGCAAGGGACAUGCGAGAACUGUCCUUGUUGAAAGGAGACAUGGUGAAGAUUUACACAAAGAUGAGUGCGAACGGCUGGUGGAGAGGAGAAGUAAAUGGCAGGGUGGGCUGGUUUCCAUCCACGUAUGUAGAAGAGGAUGAAUAAACUGCAAUCCAGAAUUGCAUCCUGCACCGAAAAUCUCAGAGAAAGGAUAAACAGAAGGCUUCACAGCAUUAUGAAUUAACUCAAGUGUUUAAAAAGCUGCAUUUCUGGCUGUUCAGCUUCCUCCUUCUUUUCCACUCCCAAAUCUUAAUGCUGGGAUUUCUAACAAUGCUGGUGCUGACAGAUUAAUGGUUUGCCUAGAGCUGUGCAAGGAACGGCCUGCCCGUCUGUCAUAGUCAGGGACCAGGACAAAGCCAAAACCUCUUCCUCCCAAAAGAGCCCUGCAAACACAUUGGUUCAGGUUUCUCUUUACUUCACUGGGUCAGAUGCCAUAAACGCCAGCCAUUAGUAAAUACUUACUGCAUAUUUACUUUAUUCUCAUGUGCCAUUCACCAGAAUUUUUGAUGGUACAAAGAACAGAAGAUUAAUUUUGCUUUUCUGUGAAUUAAAAUUAGGGUGCUGCCAUUUGGGAAAGAUGCAGGAUUUCUUGUCUUAAAUUGUUCAACAGGUGACUCAUUGCCCAGCCAACCCUUUUACCCCCAAAUGUUAUUCAUGGUAAAAUACAAGAGGCAGAUGCUCAGGCUUUCAUCAUAAGAGAUAUAUUCCAGGAGGUUUUUAAUUAUUCAUUUGAUGUUCUGAUUACAUUUGCGAACUUCUUUAUGAAAAGGGAAAAAAACACAUGAAAGAGAGUGUCAUGUUAAAUCUUCACAACCUUCAUGGUUUUUUAGGGUUAUUUUGGAAAUGUACUACUUGAUGAAAUAAUCUUGGCUGGGUAUGUCAUAGGUAGUCACCAAGAGCCUGAGUAAGGUGGCAUUGUUUACAGAAACAGACCAAGGGCUAUCAACUAUAGUAAAUCAUUCUAUAG